AGUAUACCGUUGACCUACUUGCGCAGAGAGCCCCGUUAUACAGAUAGUAACCGUUGUUGCACCAGUCUUCUCUCUCGUGUCCGUGCGACUAGAGCGUGAAAAAUCUCUCCUUCCUUUAAAAACCCUUUAGGCUUCAAAUGUGUCCCUCGGAUGACGUGCGAAUCAGCUCCUUUCUGCAAUUGAAUCUGUUGCCAACGCCUUUUAAAUCCAGUGUCGGAUGAUCUGAAUUUCACGUGCGACAUUUUCAUCAAUUUUGUCGUUCCCGUUGUGUAUUGAUUUAUAAAGCACCAGCGGCAUCGCCGUCUUUGCAAUUCGUCCAGGCCAGCAUUUCAGACCCAUAGCCACUCGAUCCUGCUUGACCAGUGAGUGAAGCGCAAGUCUGGAGGUCAAAUUCUUUUCUUUUUUAUUGCAAUUCUCUAUUGAGAAAAAAAUCCGUUAGAAGAUCAUUGCCUCAGGUGCGUGAGCGCUUGUGCAUAUAUCCGAGUGCUUGUGUGUCUCCCGCAUUACGUGGACGUUGCCGAUCGUUCGGUUGGCAUUGAGAGAUCAAGGAUUUUAUUUCGUCGAGCCGCGCGGCCUAGACACUGGAAAACCACUGGGUCGCCAGAAUUGGAUGGAAGUUGACAAAUGUGGAAUUUGACGAAUCGACCGAGGGCUGGAGACCCACAUUGCUGGACAAAUCGUACAAACAUUGAGACAUACAAAGAAAUGGGCAGUCCUUUGAUUAUUAUGCCCGACAAGUUGAAUCAAGACUCUCAAAUUAGCGUACUACGUGCUCGAGCAGUGAUCCCUACUGUGAAUAUUAGUAGUGCACCCAAACCACCUAAAAAACGUUUUCUGGAGGCUGCUGCUGCUCACCAACUAGAAGAACAACAGAAACGGGAAAAAGAGCAGCAAGAUAAGAGUAAGGCCAAUGCUGAGGAUAAUUCAGCUCUGAUGCAACUGGCCGAAAUGUGUGUUUACUAUCAGACAAGCAACACAAGCCAUCCUUCGGGAUCGUGGUCACCUGUGACGGGCGGAUGGGAUUGUGUUGAUCCUCGUGUAAUGGCUGCUGAAAAGCCUGUCGAGCCGACCGUUUACUCUAUCAGUAUGAACAGUGCAGUUCAAAGUGAAGCCAGCCCAAAAGCAGCAACUCCAUUCUGGAAUGGAUGGGCUAACCGGUCGCUUCUACAGCCGGAGCAAAGUCUUGGCGGCCGAGAAGAAGAUGAAAAUGAGGAACCAUUAGACUUGAGCGGCGAAGAGACUAUCCGAACCAACCAACAGGAGCUAAUUGAUCAUUUAGUAGAGAAGCUGUGUGCCCGGCCCGUGUUCGGAAAAUUCUCCUCCUUGGUUCAAAAGAAAUUAUCGUUGUUAGAGCCUUCCCCGAGUUUAGAGACUAGCACUGCCCAGAAUUCGUCGAGCGAAGUCAGCAGCUCAAUCGAUUUGAAAGACUCGGUCACGGUCGCCGUCAAAGAUGUGAAUAGGCGAGACUUGCCUUUGAAAAAACGUGAUCCUUCUAGCCUUCAGGAGAGCUACGAUCAACGAGGAGAUUACUGCGAUAGCAGUACAGCAACGAAACUGGAAUCCUCGUUGAAAGAAACGGUCUCAUCAACGAAUAACAGUAAGAAACCCGCUCCUAGAUCGUGCAAAGGCAAACGCUACUUGGAGUUCAUGUACGAAGGUCGGAUCACGUUGAGCGGCCGGGGAUUGAAACGGGCCGAAUCAAGUGAACAUCAGACUGAUGAUCAGACAUUGCCCUGUGACCAGUCUUCCAUCGGCAGUAAGAACAAUAAAAGGCAACGUCAACUCAGACAGACGGAAGCAGGGACCGGCAAAACUACUGUCUCUCUACGCGGCCGCAAUGCCAAGUUGCGCAAACUCAGCUGAGACCAAAUUCACAUUCGUCGCUGUAUAACUUGCUGCCUAUGUACAUAUAGCUUUGAAGAGAGAAAAAUCCAUAUUGCUGUGUAUCUUUUGGCUGUGCGUUUGGUCUGGACUUAGGCAUGGACGCUUAUCAUUUUCAAAAACACUUCACUAUUGCUCUAAACCAUGCGAGUGCCAAUUCUAUGUUUAUUUAUCGUCCCCGUAUUCGCAGAUACAUGACCACUACCCUUCUCUUGUCUCAUCAAAUAUGCUAGUAGAACUCGGAAGUGGUUGUAUAUCUAGUCAAGUUAAAUUUCACAGUUACUCGAUCAAACCAUUUAGGCUGCUUGUUUAAAACGUCCUUUCUUCUCUUUCUUUAAUUUCGUCCAUAUCUUUGAGCUAUCGUGUCUGUCAGACACUAAAUCACGAGGAGUACGAUCGCAGUCAUAUUGUUGCUAUGUAACUGUGUUACAACUUGAGUACCCGAACUCUGCGAUGAUGAAAAUCAAAUCUAUAAUCGUCACUAUUAGUAUACACAAAAUUAACAAUAAAAAUUCUCCUUUUAUUAGCGAUUGUACAGAAAUCCUGUUUGGAAAUAUAAUUUAGCACUUUUCUUUCCUUUAUUUGCAUAUUUUUCUUACAUGUAAACAAAUUCAAUCUUGUAAGGAAUACAAUACCACACUGAAUGAAGAAUGAUGAUUAAAUUUUUUUUUCAAUAUUAAUAUCAACUUUUCUGAGUAAAACAUAAAGCUUUUGGGAUGACCCAAUCUGAUUGCUAUAUUCGUUCGACGAAUUCUUUUUACAUGAACUACUAAUAAUUGACCGAUUUGGGCUUUGGGCUAUCGUUAGAUUAAAAACGACGCGAUUUUAAGAUGCGUAAUUAUGAAGGUGUAUUCAGAAUACGUUUCAUUUGUUUUCUGUUAAUAAUGCAUCAAAAACCUGUGGAAGUCUAUAAUGGUGCAAAGCAAUAAUAAUAAAGCCUAAUCUUCUCAUCAUCACUUACUUCGAACCUUUUAGUUUAGGCUCAGUAUUUCAGUAAGACAAUUAAAAACCAGGUCUACCGACCCUACCGACUGUUGUUUGUUCGAAACGUUCCUCUUAAAUAUGCCAAGGCAAAUUUACUUAAUGUAAUUAGCGUCUAGUGUUUAGUUUAUGUAACCAUUUUUAUGAUGAUAUUCAUAUAUGGCAUUACUUUUUACAUCCCAACCUUAAAAAAAAAAUGAUCACCUGUCCUCAAUUCUUACCUGUGCCCUUGUGCAUUACCUGCAGCGGGAGAAUUCUAGAUUGUGGAACGGAAAAUUCGGAAAGAAAGAUAGUCCUUGUAUGAAUAAGCAUUUUUUCUGUCCCCUCUUUAUCUCAUUAUAUUAGUCUCGAACAAGGUCAUUGUCAGUUUGCUGCUCUGUUCCUUAGCGUAAAGAAGUUAAAUUUUUUAUUCCGCCAUUCAUACAAGUGUGGGAUGUGAGGGUGUGAGGGUGUGUGAGUGUGUGAGUGUGUGAGUGUGUGUGAGUGUGUGAGUGUGUGAGUGUGUGAGUGUGUGAGUGUGUGAGCCGAACGUGUAUAUACUACUAUGAAACAGAUAUAGUAGUUUAUACCUUUUUGUGUCCUAGUUCUGACAGGCUGUCAAAUUUUUCUAUUCAACAUUUAAAAAAGUUCUUAAGCAGUUCAACUUUUUUACUUCUGUGUUUCCCAUGUAUCUACAAGAUUUUUUCCCAACACCUUCUGGUCAUCUGACAACCGCUGGGCCAAAUGCAAGGGAAGGUCCAAGCAUGAAGGAGGAAUGGUCCAAGUGAAACUGGGGCAAUGCAGAAGAACAAGUUCACUUUGUAAGCAAGGCAAUGCGUUACUUCGUAGCGCCACGGGGAUUCCAAAUUGAACUAACGCAAUGGGCCAAUGCCGAUGCCAACAAUAGUUUGGGAUAAAAAAUGUCCUUCGACGUUCAACAGUCACAAGUCUAACUUUUAACAAAAUGCCGGUAUUUCUCACCUUAACGUGUAAAUGUACGUUAAAAAUUUUGGCUUAUUUCAGGUAGCAGACAAAAUACAGAACGUAACGCUAGGCACUGCAAUCCACCCGUUGGGUGGCGAGUUUUUCAACGUAGAGUUGUUGGUUUCCCAUCUUUAUGUGAUCAUACCCUGUAGACAUUUUCUAUCCAUUUCGUCGCGUGUGAAACAUCAUCAAAGGUGACAGAUUUCCGUUAUCCAUUAAGGUCCGGUGUGGUUCAUCAAGGACUUUUACCGGUAUGUUUAGCUUUAGCUUGAUAUAGUCUUUUGUCUUUACUCAACAUAUAUGUCGCUCUUGUGAUCGCCAUAAACUUCAAGGCUUUAUGUUUCCAUAUAAUCCAUGAUGUAGUCUACAUCUUCUCUGUAAUAAAUUGCUUUUUCGACAUCGA